GUGGGGAAUCUGAUCGUGAAGCACGGCUACAUUUACCCCCUAAAGGACCCCAGGACGCUCGUCCUGCGGCCCGACGAGACGCCGUAUCGCUUCCAGACUCCGUACUUCUGGAGCUCUCAGCAGUGGCCAGCCUCCGAGCUAGAUUACGCGAUUUAUUUGACUAAGAAGAAUAUCAGAAAGCAAGGGCAGCUGAUAGACUAUGAAAAGGACAGCUACAACAUGUUGCACAAACGGAUCAACCACACCUGGGACUUCGUGGUGAUGCAGGCGAAGGAGCAGCUCAGGGCAGCCAAACAGAGGCGCAAGGCGGACCGCAUCGUGCUGGAAUGUCAGGAACAGGCCUACUGGCUCGUCAACAGAUUUAGAGACGGUUUUGUUUCUUCCUUCUGUACAGAACAGAACGCGGACUACUACAAAAGAGAGAUUGAACACAUCAGGAAAUCCCUGGGCCGCUCGAGGGUCAAGUCCUCCAUCUGCCUGGAAAGCUUCCUUAAGUUCAGCGAGCAGUACCUGAACCAUGACCCCAUGAUGCAAGGCUGCCCCCCCAGCAACCCCUGGAUAACAGAUGACACGGCACUCUGGACGCUGAAUGCCGACAUGGUGGAGACACCCACCAAGCUGCGGGUGGAACGAUGGGGGUUCGGCUUCACGGAGCUCCUUAGGGACCCUCUGGGACGGUGCAAGUUCAGGGAGUACCUGGAGAAGGAGUUCAGUGUGGAGAACCUCUGUUUCUGGGAGGCCUGUGAGGACAUCCGGCACGGCGAGAGCGCUACGAUCCCGCAGAAGGUGGAAGAGGUCUACAAGCAGUUCCUGGCCCCGGGAGCCAGCAAGUGGGUAAACGUGGACAGCAAGACCAUGGAGAAGACCCUGCAGGGCAUGAAAAGCCCACAUCGUUUUGUCCUGGAUGACGCCCAGAUGCACAUCUAUUUCCUGAUGAAGAAGGACUCCUACGCCCGCUAUUUAAAGUCCGAUCUCUACAAAAACAUGCUGGCUAGAGCCAUAGAACCACAAGAGACCAAAAAAAGUGUCUUUCCCUUUGUGAGACGCCAGCGGCACUCCAGCCGUAACCCUGCCCUUUUCGCCCAGGCCUUAGAGGACAACGGCAAGACCAAGUCCCUGGGGUCACCAGCAAGUCCCACAGCAGCCUGCUCUUCCUAACACUGCCUCCUGGGGGGGGGGUGCACUCUGAGCUCACUGCUGCCCCACAGAGGCUGUUUGGGGGCGGUGCUCUGCUGCUCUAUUUGACGCAGUCUUCCAGGAUUUUUAACUUCGGAUGUAUUUUUAUUAUAGUGUCAUGUUAAAUAAGAACAGACUAAAUUAUGGUUUAGAUCAGAAGUGAGAAAAGUCCUGUGUCUCUAUAUAUAGGAAAAGUUUAUUUCAUUAGUAACAGACAAACCAUAGUUGAGCCAAAUAUUGCCUUAUUACUAAGUAAUAAACAUCUGCAUACAACUUUCACUGAAACAAUGGUUGUAAUAGAUAAAUAGCCAUUUAAAACUUGGCAUUUAGCUCAGUGCUUAUAAUGUGGAUUGUGUCCCAUAUUCCAGAU